UAAAAUUAUAGUGUGAAAAUCAUUGUGAUAGUUUUAUAGAUUUGUGAUAUUUGGAAAUUCGUCGUCGUUCGUUUGAAUAAUAACAGUUCGAUUACGUUAUGGCCAGGAAGAAAAUGCAUUCGACGCGUAGUCAUUACGAGGAAGACGAAGGCGCUUGGGGUUGCGGCAAUUGGUUCGAAUACACAAUGGUGACCGUCCUGUCCAGCGUGCUCCUGGUCGGUUCGUUAGCACUGACGCUCUUCUGGGUGCUCUACUACCGCGAUGGGUUUGCAUGGACCGAAGACCCCAAGAAACAGUUCAAUCUACAUCCGGUUCUCAUGGUCGCCGGAUUCAUCACCUUCAGCGGAUUCUCAAUCUUGCUCUACAGGGUGUGUCGUUGCUGCCGACGUAUCUACGUGAAACUUCUGCACACCGUGUUCCAUGCCCUGGCCAUUCCUUGCGUAGUCGUGGGCUUCUUGGCUGUCCUGGACUCCCAUAACCUGGCCACGCCACCAUUACCGAACUUCUACAGUCUGCACAGUUGGCUUGGAUGCGUAACCAUGGGUCUAUUCGGCAUUCAAUUCCUGGUGGGUUUCUUCAGUUUCUUACUGCUAUUGUGUUGCGAUGCUGCCACCCAGUCGUUCCGCGAAGCCAUGGUCCCAAUUCACGCGUCCUUCGGCCUGGUCACAUUCGUGCUGGCAGUCGCCACCUGUCUCACCGGGCUCACCGAGAAAGCUAUCUACACUCUUGGAUCCGAGUACUCGAGUUGGCCUGAGGAGGGCAUCGUGAUGAACGCCCUGGGAUUGACGCUGAUCGCCCUGGCCAUCCUGAUAUCGUUCGCCGUCCGACGAACACACGCGCGUAACGACAGCAAGAUAUAUGUCACCGAGCGGUUGUAAAGUUUUCUAUCGUAAUAUACGUAGUAUUAUAAAUAAUACCCGUAUAAAUGUUAGUGUUAACAUAAUGAUAUUAAAUACCACAACAUACCUAUAAUACCGAAUCGACGUCUAUGUUUAAGAAAACGCGAUGAGAACGAACGAAGUAUAAUCGACGACUAUAUUUAGGCGAUGAGACACAAUUAUCCAGGUGCGACAGAUUAAAAAUUAUUCACUUGUCUGCAUUAUAUUCUUUAAUGUUAUUAUAAUUUAUUAAAAUUAAAAGUAUUUAUUUUUAAUGCAGUGAAGUAGUAAUGUUUUUAUCUCGGUUUUAGAGUUUUCGACGCAUUGUAGAACAUAAGUGUUCAUUGGAUUCUUAGUUAUUUUUUCGAAAAUUUCAAUUAGGAUUAACUUUUUUCUAAAACAUUUUUGUCACAUAAUAGGUAACAAAUAUUAGUCCACAGUUUUAUCGUUUUAUUUUUAUUGGUAAGUCGUUGGAAUAAUCGCGCCAGGUUUCUUUGUGUCUUUCGUCAGUUCUUGCUCAGUAAAGUGUUGUAAAAGAAAAUAUCGUGUUCAAAAUUAGAAUACAAAAUAUUAGUAUGCGAGUUGUUGUUACCUAUCGUAUAAUCGUGAUUUUUCUACAUAAUUCGUUUUUAUAGAUUUUUUUAAUAGGUAGAUUCUGCCGUGCCACUUAAAAGUACUAUGAAAUCUCAGAAUAAUUUUAGACAAUUCCUAAAUAACUUUACAUUUAAAUAAAUGAAUUA